GAUGGUGAAAGUUACAAAGUUUGUUUCUUCUCGUCCAUUAGUCAGCCUCAUCCUCCUGGUUGUUUUCGGAACCAUACCCAUCAUGAUAUGGUGCAUAGCAACGAAGAACAUAAGAAACAACGUCGAUUCACUCACUGAAGAUAUUCGGUCAGGUCUAGUUUCUGAAAUCGAAAACAUCGGAAGAUUCAUUUAUCCAAAGACGAACUCAUCUACAAUCAGUUUAGCAAGAGUGGUAGACUCUUUCAUCACCAACAACAACAAUAUACAUUUCACGGAGAUUCAAACACAGAUCGCACCAGUGUUGUUUCAUGCUUACUCAACGAUCCCUGAAGUCUCACAAGUGUCGUACAUUAGUACAGACGGUCUCUUGUUUUCUUACAUCACGGGAAUAAACACAAGCUUCGCGGUUUUUGCCAAUUCAAGUGGUGGAGACUACACUUGGUACACUCAAACCAUUGAUCAGAAAACCGGUCUUCUCAACGGCGAUGCAACGAGAUCUCAGCCGUUAGAUGUGACUAAUACAGAUUGGUUCCAUGCAGCACAGAGAGAUCACAUUACCUCCUUUGUGGGAACUGGUCUGGGAGGAGAAGAUAACGAGAGACUGUUUCAGACAGUGGUUAGCUUGGACAGCAAGAAAGGAGUUGUUUCGUUAGGGUUUCCGGUUAAAUCUCUUACCAGUGACUUGAACCGUUUGAAUCUUCGUGGUGGAGAGCUUUACAUGUGGACUAAGGACGGAACAGUACUUGUUUAUGAAAGUUCACUCAAUGUUUCUUCCUUCAUCCCCAGAGAUUGCAGUUCCGGUUGGGUGAAGGAGACCAAAGGAUCGAAAUUCGAAGCUUACUGCUCAGUUCUUGAAGUGUCUGGCGUCCCUCUGAGUUACACACUCAUGUCUCACAACAAAGGAAUAGGAACAAGCAUCAGUAAUGCGGCUAUGUAUAUGCUUAUUUUCAUGGCUAUUUAUGCCUUCUUCUGGCCUCUAGGGUUUGUUGUGUGCAUGGUGAGAGCAGCAAGAAGGGAGAUGGAUCUACGUUCAUCGCUGAUAAACCAAAUGGAAGCAACACAACAAGCUGAGAGGAAGAGCAUGAACAAGAGUCAAGCCUUUGCACAAGCUAGCCAUGACAUUAGAGGUUCCUUGGCCGGGAUCACCGGUCUGAUUGAUCUCUGCCGUCAAGAAGUUAAACCUGGCUCUGACGUUGACGCUAGUCUUCAGCAAAUGAAUGUAUGCACCAAGGAUCUCGUUGGUCUGCUUAACUCAGUCUUGGACAUGAGCAAAAUCGAAAGCGGGAAGAUGCUUCUAGAGGAAGAAGAGUUCAACCUAGCAAAGCUUCUCGAAGACGUGGUAGACUUCUUCCACCCUAUGGCCAUGAAGAAAAAGGUUGACGUGGUUUUGGAUCUUCACGACGGCUCAAUCUUGAAAUCCUCCAACGUGAGAGGAGACAGCGGCAAGCUCAAGCAAAUCCUGAACAAUCUCGUGAGCAAUGCGGUCAAGUUCACAGUGGACGGGCACAUUUCGAUCCGAGCUUGGGCCCAGAAGCCAGGGCCCAAGAGCUCCGUUGUCUUGGCAUCAGAACCCAAAGGAAGCGUAUCAAUGUUUUCAAAGCUCAUGUUGUGCAUGAGCAAAGACCAGUCUUCAUCAUCAGCCUAUGAGAAUGAGAUAUCUAACUCGAUAAGAAACAACGCGAACACUAUGGAGUUUGUGUUUGAGGUGGACGAUACGGGGAAAGGGAUACCUGUGGAGAUGCGUAAGUCUGUGUUUGAGAACUACGUUCAGGUGAGAGAAACAGCUCGAGGACAGCAAGGCACUGGACUAGGUUUAGGGAUUGUGCAGUCUCUGGUGAGGUUAAUGGGAGGAGAGAUAAGAAUCACUGAGAAGGCGAUGGGAGAGAAGGGAACUUGUUUCCAGUUCAAUGUUUUGUUGACAACCUCAGAGACUGACGUGAACGCGAGAGAGGAGGACAUUGAAUCAGUAGCAGGAGGAGAUUACGUGGCAUCCACGCCAAACCUCGGCUUGACGAUAAACACUUCUUCGGGAGGUAGUAUGAACAUACGUCACCACCUGAGUCCUAGGUUCAACAACUGUCUCAGCUCCAGUCCAAAGCAAGAAGCUUCACGAGUGGUUCUCCUUUUAAAAGACGAAGAACGGAGCAGAGUCACGGAGAAGAGCAUAAAGAUACUUGGGAUCAAAGUCACUGUGGUUGAAAAAUGGGAGAAUCUGAGUAACGCCUUGGAGAGACUCUUUGGGUUUUCGCCACAGAGCUCCAUGGAGUCUAGUUUGAGAAACGAGUUAUCAAGCACGAGCUCGAGGGAGUUGCCUUUGAUCGGAACGGAUGGUGUUGAUUCAAGAAGUCAAAUUCCUCGAAGGAGAAGCGCCAGCUUCUCAGCGUUCGUUCUUCUGAUGAUUGAUGCAAACGCUGGACCGUUUCCUGAGAUGAGUGAUAUUGUUGAGCAGUUUCGUAGAGGCUUGCACCAUGGCAUAGUCUGUAAAGUUGUUUGGCUUAACGAGCCUACCGGCCGUGGAAGUGAGAGAGGGGACGUUUGUUGUCUGAAGCCUUUGCACGGAUCUCGUCUUAACCGAGUGCUGAAGAUGUUGCCUGAGCUUGGAGGAAUCGUUCCAAGAGAGUCGCUGCUGAGGCAUACUCUUGUUGCGACAUCACCAAAGGGUACUACGAGUUGUGAGAUCCAAGAGGUAGAAGAAGAAGAAGAACAGAGCUUAAGGUUUAACAAAAAAAUAGGCAAGACAAUAAUGGGACCAACAGCUUCAGAGAGGGAGACUUGGGCCAAGUCAGUACGUACUGUUCCAAAGCCUGUUGGGAACUCGGAGGACGAGCGAGUAACAUCCAAUGCGAGCUGUGAUGAACUCUUGAAAGGAAAAAGAGUUAUGGUUGUUGAUGACAAUCGAAUAACAUCUUCUGUUGCAACAAGAAAGCUGAAGAAGAUGGGAGUGUCAGAGGUCAGACAAUGCGACAACGGGAACGAAGCUGUGAGAUUAGUUAGUGAAUGGCUUACACAACAAGGUUCAGUAGUAGAUGUGCUUCCGUUUGACUACAUAUUCAUGGACUGCCAGAUGCCAGUGAUGGAUGGAUAUGAAACAACCAGAGAGAUUAGGAAAGUGGAGAGAAACUAUGGUGUGCAUAUACCAAUUAUAGCUGUAUCUGGUCAUAGACCUGGCUCAACGGAAGCAAAAGAUACCAUAAAAGCUGGAAUGGACGCCUUCUUAGAGAAAGACAUGAAUCAGGACCAACUUGGGAAGAUCAUCAGAGAAAUCGAAAGCAAGAGGACUGUCCAUGCAACAACUGUUCAGUAGAUUUUAUAACUAGAUAGGCUGACAUGUU